AUGGCGAAAUCCUCCACCGGAAAGACCACAGGCAGCAAGACUGGCGCACGCAAGGCGGCCGAUGCGAUCCCCGACGCGCUGCGCGAUGCGGGACGCAAGGCCGCGGAGCUGGCGCAGAACCCUGUCGCGCGCAGCCUGCUCGCCGCCGGGCUGGUGACGGCGGCGGCGGCGCUCGCUGCCAACAAGUCGGUGCGCGACUCCGCCAAGCGUGGCGCGCGUCAGGCGCAGGAUGCGGCGGAAGCCGCCGCCGACGCGGCCGCGGAGAGCGCGAGCAAGAUCGGCGCGGCGAUGAUCAACGCGGCGACCGAGGCCGUCCGGCGGAUGAUGGGCGAGGCGGGUUCCGCAACCACCACACCCGCCGCGGCCAAAUCCUCCCCGGCACGGCGCCCCGCGGCCAAGAAGCCGGCGGCGAAGAAGGCGGCCUCCGCCGCCAAGCGGGCACCCGCCAGGAAGGCGAGCGCCCGCAAACCUGCGGCGUCACGCACACGCAAGCCGAAUGGCGGCGCGACCCCGCCUGCUGGCGCUGGCAGCUGA